AUGGUCGAAAUGGGUUUCUACGAUCAUUUUUUUUUAUUUCAAAAUUCUACCUAUUUUAUUAUGCAAAUGAUAAUAGAAUAUGAUAAUUAUAAAAGUAAAUUAUUUAAGAGAUUAUUACAUUUACAAUUUAUUCGGAAUCAAAUAUUCAGUUUUGUGAAGAUCAUCAAUCGACAAGAAUGUGUAAAUGCUGAUGAAUUAAGUAUUAGAACAGCAUACCUGUGCAAAAAGCGAAGAUUACUCUGUGAUUACAAUGACCUUGGAUGUUACCCAGAUCAACUUAUCAAGUAUGGUUAUCACGAGAGAUACAAACAGAUAUUCAAUACUGUCAUUAGAGAUCAACGACCGGGUUUACUUCGUCGAUGGUAUCACCGUUUCUAUAUGAACUAUCUGUAUUACCAUCAAAGGAAACAAUAUGAUAGACAGAUUCGAUAUGAGCAGGAGCAGAAAGAACAGGUACAACUAGAGAUCAGUAGAUAUUCUUCAAUCACUAAGCCAAUGAGCAGAAAAAUAGCGCGAUUCCAAGACUACAAUGAAAGUGAUUUUCAUAGCGAUGCUGGGUCACUCGAAACUAGUACCUAUGUUCUAUUCAAACAACUAUAUUUUCAUUCUUUGAGAGAUGCUGCUCGUAUUGGUGCAUUAGAUCUCAUUGAAUGUGUAUUCAAAGUAUUCCCAGAUGAGUUGAAUAUCAGAUCGAUUUUAGAAAUAGCUGUUCAACAUGGUCAUCUUCCGAUUGUCGAAUUCUUUCAUAACAAUGUCAAAGAUGGAUCACCUUUCGAUCAGAUAGUUAGAGAGAAUUCAACUCAACCACAUUUAAUGGACGUCGCAGCACGAUAUGGACAACUGGAUAUUUUAAAGUUUUUGCACUUCAAUCGAACUGAAGGUUGUUCAACCGAUGCAUAUGAUUUUGCAGCGACCAACGGACAUUUAAAUACAAUCAAAUUUCUUCACCAUCAUCGAACAGAAGGUUCUUCUAUUACCCAUACCAUGAAUGCGGCUUGUUUUGGACAUCUAGAUGUGCUUAUCUUUAUCCAUAACAAUCUAACUCAUGAAGUUAUAUCUGAUUACGCAUUUCUAGGUGCAAUCAGAGGAAAUCAUAUUGAAGUUGUUAGAUUCCUCUUGACCAAUAGAACAGAGAGACCGCCAUCGGAUUCUCUUUUUUGGGCGGCACGUACAGGUAAUCUUGAAAUGUUAAAGUUAUUUCUAUCAGAGAGAUACAGUCAAUUCUAUGAGAUAGACAAUACGGUGAUGGAUAGAGUUGCCCAAUUCGGACGACUUGAAAUCGUUCAAUUCCUUCACGAGAAUACCACCGCACAGUGUGGAAGCGAUGCAAUGGAUAAAGCUGCGGAAAUGGGACACUUGGAUGUGAUCAAAUUUUUGCACUUCAAUCGAACUGAAGGCUGUUCUCUACGUGCAUUGCAUUUGGCAAUAGCUAAUAAGCAUCUUGAUGUUGUCCGAUUCCUUGUGGAGGUAAGACAUAUGGAUAUCGAUCAAUCAAUCAUCAAUAGGUUCUCUAAUAGUACAAGUUUUCCAAUAUUCAAAUAUCUCUAUGAGAUUGCAGUGGCAUCAGGUAAUUUCAAUAUUGAACCUGCCAAUUUCCAAAUAGAAAAUUUCGUUCGUGAAGAGACCGAUCCAACUGUUUUCAAUUGGUUGAAUGAGCGUGGAUUUCAAUUCUCAGGUAUUGCAUAUAAUAUUGCAAUCGAUGUUAAGAGUAAGGUUGUAUUCCAAUGGCUUCAUGAGAACACAACACAUCAAGUGACCAAUGUAAACACAACCAGAGCAAUUUCCAGCGGUUGUCUUCCAAUUGUUGAAUAUCUCAAUGAAGUUGGAGCACCAUUCCCAGAAUUCCCAAUGGACAAAGCAUUUGAUCUACCGAUGCUCAUUUACCUCCAUCGAAAUCGAACGGAAUCACUCACGAUUCAUGCGAUGGACAAUGCAAUCAAUCGAGGUGACAUUCAAAUGAUUAAAUAUCUCAAAGAAAACAACUUUGUUAUUCAAAAAAGCCAUACAGAUUCAUAUAGAGUUGAACAGAAUAGCCUUUGUAUUGGAUACAAUUCAAGACUUGCAAUAAUCAACAGUUUGAAAAUAUAA